UAAAGUAACGAAGACCAAAAAAGAAGAAUGAAAACGAAGCUCUCUCUUCUCCUGUCUGGAGGAGUUGUUUUUGCUGGUGCGGAAAUUGGCCGCUUCUUCUCCCAUUCUCCUCCCCUUCCCCGCUCGCUCGCUCUCUCUACAUCUCGUUUCAAUCCCUGAAUCACCUUCUUCUCCAAUCCAGCUUCUGCAAUAAAAAUCCCUCUCCAAUUGAUCCGCAAUUCCGUUAAGUCCUUUCUUCCUGGUGCCGAUGGUGGUGUCACGCUGUUGAGAAAUCCAAUGUGCGUUGCGGAAUUUCGGAGUUGACGCCUUUCUUCCUCGUGCUUCAUAAACCCUAGAUCUUGUCAAUUUCGUGUGUUGUACAGCUUUGAUUUAGGGUUUUAAGUGCCGGAUCUCGAGGGGGCUCGCGUCUCGAGAUUGGGAGGGAGCAGGGGGGAAGAGAGUCUGGGCGUUGGUGAUUUUUUUUUUGUCGAAAUUUUUUUUUGGGCUGAUCGUGGAGGUUUUUUUUGGGGCUUGAUUUUUUUUAUGGCUUCCAAUCCUCCAUUCCAAGUGAUGGAGGAUCAAACUGACGAGGAUUUCUUCGACAAAUUAGUCGACGAUGAUUUUGGGCCUACCAGCUCCGAUGCCGCCCAGGUGAGCAAAUUCUCUGAGGGGAGUGAUUCCGAUGAGGCCAAGGCGUUUGCUAAUCUGAGCAUUGAGGACGUCAACGGUGGCGGCGAGGACGGUGGAGUUGUGGAGGAGGAGGUGAGAGAUGAUGGGAAUUCGGGGGAUGUGCCUGCUGGAAUUUCUGGGUCUCCGACGGAGGAGAGUGAUGCAUUGAACCCCUCUGGGUCUGGCAAUGCAGUGGAUUCUAGUAAUGAUGGGUUGAAAUCGAAGGUUGCACCUGAUCUAGAUCCAAUGACUGAUGUUGGAUCCACGAGGUCAGGGGCUAAGGAGGUGGGUUGGGGUUCAUUGUAUGCUGGUUCAGCACCAAAUGGAAAUAAUGAGUUUGGUUCGUGCUCUGAUUUUUUCAGUGAGUUGGAGGGGCAUUCUGAUGAUUCUAUUGCAAAAGUUGGUGGAAGCACGAAUGUAGAAACUAAUGCAGUCGGGGAAAUCAGGAAUUCUGUUAGUUAUGAGCAGUAUCAAGACGGUACACAAGGUCAUGGAGGUUAUUUGCAGGAAAACGUAAACAGGCAGGAUGUUAAUAGCACUCAGUACUGGGAAAGUAUGUAUCCUGGGUGGAAAUAUGAUAUGAACACUGGGCAGUGGUACCAAGUAGAUAGUUAUGGUGCAACAGUAGGUCUCCAAGAGAGCUACAAUGCUAAUUCGGGAAGUGAAUGGCCGGGUGCUGCUGAUGGUAAAGGAGAGGUUAAUUUCUUGCAGCAGAGCUCACAUUCUGUUGCUGCGACUGUGGCUGAUACAAGCACAACGGAGAAUGUGUCUACCUGGAAUCAGGUAUCUCAAGUAAGUAAUAAUGGUUAUCCAGAACAUAUGUAUUUUGAUCCACAAUAUCCCGGUUGGUACUACGACACAAUCGCACAAGAAUGGCGUUCCUUAGAGAGCUAUGUUUCAUCAGUACAAUCAGUGAUUCCCCAAGCACAUGAGCAACAGAAUCAGAAUGGGUUUGGUUUCAACAGUGCUUAUUCGCAGAAUGGUAGUGAUGCAUAUGGGGAAUUUGGACAACCAGAGAAAUAUGCUUCAAAUGCUUACACUAGCCAAGGACAAGAGGUCAGCGGGGGCGAGUCACAUGGAAGCUAUAACAUGUGGCAAGCUGAUAGUGGUUCCAAGAGCAAUUUCAGUCCUGAUUUUGGUCAAAAGCAGCAGUUGCAGAACUCCUAUGGCUCCAAUGUGUCCAUUGGCAAUCAUCUUGAUAAUCAAAAUUCCUUUAAUACCUUGGGAACUGUUGCCUCGUAUGAUAAGUCAAUGCAAGGUCAUCUUGAUGGCAAUGGGUUUUCGGGUUCACAAAAUUAUGGUGGCAACUUUAGUCAGCAGUUUAACCAGGGAAAUUUGAAGCAGAAUGAGCAGAUGAGUUUUUCAAAUGACUUUUAUGGCAGUAAAAAACCAGUGAGUUUUACAGAGCAAUCAUAUCAGAACAGUCAGCAAAUUUCUUAUCAGCCAGGAACAGGAAGAUCUUCUGCUGGCCGUCCUCCACAUGCACUGGUAUCUUUUGGAUUUGGUGGAAAGCUUGUUGUAAUGAAAGAUAGUACCCUUGGGAACACUUCAUUUGGAACUCAGGAUGCUGGUGGGGGUUCAAUUUCUGUUAUGAAUUUAAUGGAGGUUGUUUCUGGGAGCAGUCCUGACAAUAUGUCAACUGUUGGAGGCACAUCCUGCAAUUAUUUCCGCCCUCUCUGCCAACAAUCUUUCCCUGGACCCCUGGUGGGUGGGAAUGUUGGAAGUAAGGAUUUUAAUAAAUGGAUUGAUGAGAGGAUUGCCAACUGUGAAUCCCCCGAUAUGGAUUACAGAAAAGGCGAAGUGUUGAAGCUUCUCCUAUCUUUGCUUAAAAUAGCUUGUCAGCAUUAUGGAAAACUUCGGUCUCCCUUUGGAUCAGACACAUCUUCGAAGGAAAGUGAUACUCCAGAAUCAGCUGUUGCGAAACUUUUUUCGUCUACCAAGAAGCAGUUCAAUGAGUAUGGUACUCUUAGCAACUGCUUGCUAAAUUUGCCCUCUGAAUCGCAACUUCGGGCAUCUGCUUCUGAGGUACAAAAUCUUCUGGUUUCUGGUAGAAAAAAAGAAGCUUUACAAUAUGCACAAGAAGGUCAGUUGUGGGGACCUGCACUUGUGCUUGCAUCACAGCUCGGAGAUCAGUUCUACGUUGAUACAGUGAAGCAGAUGGCAUUACGCCAAUUGUUGCCAGGGUCACCUUUGCGGACAUUGUGUCUUCUUAUUGCUGGGCAACCAGCAGAAGUUUUUUCCUCGGGUACUAGAUCUGAUGGUGGUCCUUUUGGUGCUGCAGUUGGCACUCAACAACCUUUGCAGCCUGGAGCAAAUAGCAUGCUGGAUGAUUGGGAACAGAAUUUGGCUUUAAUAACUGCAAAUAGAACGAAAGAUGAUGAGCUUGUCAUCAUACAUCUUGGAGACUGCCUGUGGAAGGAUAGAAGUGAGAUUGUAGCAGCACAUAUAUGCUAUUUAGUUGCUGAAGCGAACUUUGAGUCAUAUUCAGACACUGCAAGGAUGUGUCUUAUUGGUGCAGAUCACUGGAAGCAUCCUCGUACUUUUGCUAGCCCAGAGGCUAUUCAGAGAACAGAGCUUUAUGAAUACUCUAAGGUGUUAGGUAACUCCCAGUUCAUCUUGCAGCCGUUUCAGCCAUAUAAGCUUGUUUAUGCAUACAUGCUGGCUGAAGUAGGCAGAGUCUCAGAUUCUUUGAAGUACUGUCAAGCAGUCUCGAAAUCUCUGAAAACUGGUCGAGCUCCUGAAAUAGAGACUUGGAAACAAUUAUUGUCGUCCCUUGAAGAAAGGAUUAGAAUACAUCAACAGGGUGGAUAUGCUACAAACUUGGCACCAGCAAAGCUAGUUGGUAAACUGCUCAACUUCUUUGAUAGCACCGCACACCGUGUUGUUGGUGGUCUGCCACCACCAGCACCAUCAACAUCGCAUGGUCUACAUAGCCAUGAACAUGAUCAGCAACUGAUGGCGCCUCGAGUCGCUGCUAGUCAAUCAACGAUGGCUAUGUCCACACUAGUACCGUCUGCUUCAAUGGAACCCAUAAGCGAAUGGGCAGCUGAUGGCAAUAAAAUGGGAAGACAUUCAAGGAGUGUCUCGGAGCCCGACUUUGGAAGAACACCAAGACAGGGCCAGGCUGAUUCGUCGACAGCUGGACCCCCAUCCACUUCCCAAGACAAGACGCCUAGUUCAACAGGAGGAUCUCGCUUGGGUCGUUUUGCUUUUGGUUCACAACUGCUGCAGAAGACCGUGGGUCUAGUGUUACGGCCCCGCUCAGAUAAACAGGCCAAGUUAGGUGAAAAGAACAAAUUCUAUUACGACGAAAAACUCAAGAGAUGGGUGGAAGAAGGUGUAGAACCCCCAGCCGAGGAAGCUGCCCUGCCACCUCCACCAACUACUGCAGUGUUUCAGAAUGGAACCUCGGACUAUAACUUGAAAUCUGCACUGAAGAGCGAGGGUUCUCCAUCUAGUGGGAGCCCCAAAUUCCGGAGUUCAGUUAUGCAAGAACAUAGUUCAGGCAUCCCUCCUAUUCCCACUAGCUCAAAUCAAUUUUCAGCCCGUGGAAGAAUGGGCGUACGAGCGAGGUAUGUGGACACCUUCAACCAAGGUGGUGGAGGCGCAGCAGCAAACGCGUUCCACUCAUCACCCAUACCAGCUCCCAAACCUGCUGUCUCCAUGAACACCAAGUUCUUUGUUCCUUCACCUGCUCCUUCUGCCGAUAAUUUGUUGGCUGAAUCUGUGGCGGCAGAAAAUGUGCAAAACAAUGCUCAAGCAGCAGCAAGUGAGAUGCCUUCAACAUCCUCCAUGAAUGAUUCUUUUCAGUCUCCUCCCACAGCUUCUUCGCCAACUUUCCAGCCUCCUAUGGCAUCUUCCAUGCAAAGGUUCCCAAGCAUGGACAACAUUGCCAAAGGAGGGAGAGUUGGCGGCUUAAAUGUCAACGGUGGUGCACCCCAAUCUCUAUCUCGACGAACGGCAUCUUGGAGUGGUACUUUCAAUCCGUCGUUCAGCCCGCCAAGGGCCACAACAGAGAUAAAACCUUCUCUCGGCAUGCCACUGCCAGCAGGCCCUCCUUUGAUGCCAGGUAGUGACCCUUCGACGCCUCAGAUGCCAACAAAUGGAGGCAGCUUUGGCGAUCUCCAGGAAGUUGAACUUUGAGUGACAAGGCAUCAGCUGGGAGAUUCAUAAGACAUCCAAGUUUUGUUUAUCGCGAUCAGACCAUGCAGGGACUACUGCAAAGGCUCUGUGUAAGAGCACUAAUACGUGAAGCACAAGAAGCAUAUGAAAGUAUGGUUUUUGAAGAAUUCCACAUGGUCUUCUUUGACCCCGUCCUAAUGUUUAAGCUUGAAGCUCAGUUGGGGAACUAAGCAUUUCCAAUUUUCUGUAAUCUUAGAAAGCAUAUAUGGCCUUUUGGUAUUUUCCUCUCUUGAAUAUGCGAAGAAGACGAGAAGCUAUGGGGAGGGCUUUGGUGGCAGACUGCUGAGUCUGUUGUAACCCUUGUGGAAGAAGAGGAGAGGGAUCGAAGAAAGUUGUACAGUUUGAUUUGUUGAUUUGUUGAAAAAACAGGGGGAGACCAAAAGAGAAAAUUAAGGAUAGGUAGAACAAGAUAGGGAGCUCUCUUCCUGAAAGAUCCUUCUCAAGGGGAGAAAUAAAAGGGUGGGGGAAAAUGGAAUUGGUGUACUUAUUUGACACAAAAUAAAACGCCUUGUUUCUUGUAUUUUUUUUCAAUAUAUGUAUUCUUAACUUCCUGCUAUAUAUAGUUCAGAAUUUUGUAGUUUUACUUUACCCCAUGUGGAGUUAACAGAGGAUUCUAUGUCUGUUGUGACUGCCAAAUUUUC